AGAACUUCAGUCUUCACAAAUAAAAUUUUGCUGUGCAAGAAGCAGGUUCACCUGGGGAGCUUCUAUGAUUGAGGGUGUAUAUGCAGCCGCAGCAGCCUCUGUUUCUACCAGAUGCAGCAGCACCUGGUGUCUGCGGACAACGGUCAAAAGGUCCAAGCAAGGUCAAGUUUAGUGGUUAAACGUCCGUCAGUGACUUCUGUACAGCAUUUCGGGUAAGUAGCGCCUUCGUGCACAAAGUCCAACGAUGGUGGUGAUUGUUCUGAGCUCAGAGUCAAGAGUACAUCUUUUGAUCAGGUUGUUGACUCCCAGUUUUCCAAAACUGUAGAAAGCCCCAUGGAAGAUUCUCUGGGUUCUCCGAAGAAGAAGCGGAAAGCGAGGUUGUUAGCUGGUGAGGAAGGCGUUGAGAGAAGAGAAACAGGCCAGAAAGAGAAGCCUCCCUCUGACAGGGAUGGGGCCGAGAAAAGGAAGAAGGCGCGGAAAGAGGUUACACUUAGUGAGGAUGUGACGAAAGACAGGAAGGGAGAGCGAGAAGAGAAGACUGUUUCUGAGCAGGACGGGGCGAAAGACCAGAAGAAAAGAAAGAAAAAGAAGCAUCGAACUACUGAAGAAGCACCCCAAGCGGAGGAUACAGGCAAAGAGAUGGAAUUAGUGGAGGCAGUGGAGCCUACGAAGAAGGGUAAGCAUCAAGUAGAAACGAGACUGGAAAAAGGGGAUGAGGAGAGGAGGAAGAAGAAGAAGAAAAAGAAGGAGAAGAAAGCGAGAACCGCCGAGGAAGGCGCAAUUGUUCUUACCUCAGAAGAGCCCAAUGAUCGGGCCCCAGAAGCAGCCAGGGGGCAAAGUCCAGCGAAAGAAAUUUCAGACUAUGAGGGGGAGGCAAUCGUCCUCUCGGGUGACCGAGCAGAGCACUGGAAGGACGAUGACGUCAGGACGGACCUCAAGUACGGCGCGUUUAGCAAGGAAGAGGAUGAGAUCAUUCGAGCAGCUGUGGCGGAGUACAUAGAGGAGCGAAAUCUGGGAGAAGAUGGCAUUGAGAAGCUGCUCAACACCCGGAAGCAUAAAGAAGUCCAGGGAGCAUGGUUGGAGAUAGCCCGCUGCCUUCCCGAGCGAAGCGUAAAGAGAGUGCAUGCGCGUGCGUGCCGGCUCCUACAUGGGGGCAACUACAAGGGGCGGUGGAGCCGGGAAGAAGAGGAAAGGCUGCAAACGUUGCAUGCCCAGCUGGGUCCGAAGUGGGUACAGAUUGGGAGCAUGAUGGGCCGACUCCCGGACGCCUGCAAGGACAAGUGGAGAAUCAUCGGGGUCACCGACAAGAAAAAGGGUCAAUGGUCGCCCAAAGAGAGCGAGCAACUGUCGCGCCUAGUUCAAGAGAGCCUCUCCCAGAAGCGGAUCCGGACGUCCGUAGAAAGAGUCGUCGACGGGCGGCAGGUCCGAGACGACAUUGACUGGACGGCGAUCUCGGCUCGGAUGGGCGUCCGAACCGCAAACCAGUGUUUGCGGCAUUGGUACGAUGUGCUAGCGCCUGGAAUGGUGCGGACGGGGACUGGGGUCGAGGAGUGGGGAGGCGAAGACGACCAGCUUAUGCUACAGAGGAUCGUCGAGUCAGGCGCGACGUCAGAGCCAGAAGUGGAGUGGGCCAGCCUGCUACCCCACAGGGACGGGACCGCUUGCCGGAAAAGGUGGAGGAUGAUGAUCAAGCACCUGCCGCCGUCACAAGACUUUGAGAGAAACCUUGCCAGCUUAUGUGAGCGAUAUGCACCAGGCCUAGUAUGAGCUUUCUGACGUAUGACUUGUCCUCGAUGUGCGUACUGCUAGUCGCUGACUUCCAUUGGCACCAAAGCCGACCAGAAGUUCUGCAACAACCAAUCAUUCGUUAUGCC